GAGGAGGAGGAGGAAGCGAAGGGGGAAUGGGAGCAGACGCUCCAACGUGGAAAAGCUUCCCAGCUCGCUUUCUGAUACAUUCCUGGCCAAGGCGAUGCUUCUUGCAAGAGCUGCGCUGACUUGUUGCAAGGAUCUGUCUUUGAGGGGGGGGAAGGCACGCGCGCAGCCAAUCCAGGCUGGAUCCAUCGCUCGCUCGCUCUCCCCCACCCGCCUUCCCUUUCUUUGCUCCAGCGUGGAUCUAUUCGGUCGAUUGAGCUGCAUUCGGAUCCACUCUCUUUUUUCCUGAAGGGGAUCGGGCCGUUUGAUGGGGACUCUCGGCAGCCUGGCGUUUGGGGGGCGGCCUCGGAGGGAUUUUGGGGGGGACUGAGGGAGCGGGCGCGGGGGGUGCCGUGCGAUCAUGCAGCGGGCCAGCGUGAUGGGGAUGCCCUGCCCGGAACCCAGUGGAUCUUAUUCCCAGCAGUUCAAAGCCAUGAGGUUUUCGUACCACAUCGAGGCGGGAGCAGCGUCCUCUCCCCAGAUUCGAGCCGGUCCUGCUCAGCCCCCACGGCUCCUGGUCAAGAGCCUCUCCUUGGAGCCUAGUCCAGAACAUCGCUCACCAGAAGCCCCACAGCGGCUCAUCUCUGAUCCAGGACCUGACAGCAGCGAAGGAGAAGUGGCCAAACUCCGGCCACUCAAACGACCCCCUGGACCAAAACCACAAGUCCCUCCUAAACCAGCCCAUCUGCAGAGUAUCCAGCCACUGCGUCUCCCUGAAUCCAUCCCCCCACCUCCAUCGCGACCACUCCCUGCCGAUCCCCGCUUAAGCCGCAGCCCCCUGCCUAAGGAUGGAUUGGGACCAUUAUCUGCCGUCUCCUGCCUCAUUGAGAAGUUUGAGAGAGAACCUGUAAUCCUGGCUGUCGAGCAGGCCCCGUCGCCGUGCCCCAGUCCAGAUCUCCAGACCCCCGAGACAGGUCCCAUGGAGCCCUCACUAGACUGCCCGACUUCACUGGAAUCGGCAGAGCUGGCUCACAAACUCCUGGACCUCCUGGCUCUGGAGGGAGGGCCAGAGCCUGCGGGUGGUGCUGCCUGCUUGCCGUCUCACGAUGGGGGGAAGCUGGCCAACCGGGACAGUGGCAUUGACAGCAUCAGCUCCCCAUCUAACAGUGAGGAGAUCUGCUUUGGGGCUGACGAGGGCACAGGAGAGGGAGCGGGGCCACCCGUGCCUGCUGCUGUCAUCAAGCGCCGCUCAACCCGGGAUUCCGAAGUGGACAGUGACAUGGACGAUGGCAGUGGGGAUGAGGCUGAGCUGCUACCGGAGCUCCCUCCCCCACAAGCAGAAAGACAGGACUCAGAGGAGAUGACAGUUCCACAAAAGGUUUUCCGAAUUGCCAACGAGCUUCUCCAAACAGAAAAGGCUUAUGUGUCUCGCCUGUAUCUUCUGGACCAGGUCUUCUGCGCACGUCUGCUGGAGGAAGCACGCAGCCGAAACUCUUUCCCGGUGGACGUGGUGAUGGGUAUUUUUGCCAACAUCUGCUCAAUCUACUGCUUCCACCAGCAGUUCCUGCUCCCAGAAUUGGAGAAACGUAUGGAGGAAUGGGACCAGCACCCGCGCAUCGGGGAUAUCCUGCAGAAACUGGCCCCUUUCCUCAAGAUGUAUGGCGAAUAUGUAAAGAACUUUGACCGUGCCAUGGAGCUUGUCAACACCUGGAUGGAGCGCUCAGCACAGUUCAAGAGCAUCAUCCAUGAAGUGCAGAGGGAAGAGAUAUGUGGGAACCUGACCCUGCAGCACCACAUGCUGGAACCUGUCCAGAGAAUCCCUCGCUACGAGCUGCUGCUGAAGGACUAUCUUCUCAAAUUGCCUCAGGACUCGCCUGAUUGCAAGGAUGCUCAGAAAUCCCUAGAACUUAUUGCAACAGCAGCAGAGCACUCCAAUGCAGCCAUCCGCAAAAUGGAGAGGAUGCACUCGUUGCUGAAGGUGUACGAGCUGCUUGGAGGUGAGGAAGACAUAGUGAAUCCCACCAAUGAGCUCAUCAAGGAAGGGCACAUCCUGAAGCUUUCUGCCAAGAACGGUACCACACAAGACCGGUACCUGAUCCUGUUCAACGACUGGUUGCUGUACUGCGUCCCCAAGCUGCGUCUCAUAGGCCAGAAAUUCGGAGUCCGUGCUCGCAUAGACGUGGAGGGGAUGGAGCUGAAAGAGACCAGCAGCCUCAAUGUGCCCAGGACCUUCCUUGUAUCAGGGAAGCAGCGAUCCCUAGAACUUCAGGCCAGGACUGAAGAGGAGAAGCGAGACUGGAUCCAGGCAAUACAGGCAACAAUUCAGAAACAUGAGCAGACUCUGGAGACAUGCAAGCAGCUGGUCAGCGAGGAUGAAACGCCACCCAAUUCGCCUGGGUGUGAGCUGGGGCGACGGGCCCCCACGCCCAUCCGGGAAAAAGAGGUAACCCUGUGCAUGCAGUGCAAGGAGCCCUUCAAUGCUCUCACCAAGCGGAGGCACCAUUGCCGGGCCUGUGGCCAUGUUGUCUGUGGGAAAUGUUCAGAGUUCCGGGCCCGACUGGUAUAUGACAACAACCGGCCCAACCGUGUCUGCACUGACUGCUACGCAACGCUACAGGGCUCCCCCGCCAGCCCUGCCCCACAUCCCAACACACCUCAGCGCCGGAGGUCCAUUCUGGAGAAACAGGCUUCCGUGGUGGCAGAGAACAGUGUGAUCUGCAGCUUCUUGCACUACAUGGAAAAAGGAGGGAAGGCCUGGCACAAAGGCUGGUUUGUCAUCCCCGAAAACGAGCCCCUGGUGCUGUACAUCUAUGGAGCCCCACAGGAUGUCAAGGCCCAGCGCUCGAUGCCUCUGAUCGGCUUCGAAGUGAGCCUGCCUGAACCCGGCGAGCGGGUGGACCGACGCCACGCCUUCCGGAUCAGCCAGAGCCACCUGUGCUGGUAUUUCAGCCCCGAGACGGAAGAGCUGCGGCAGCGGUGGAUGGAGGUGCUGAGCAGGGCGGGUCGCGGAGAAGAAGGCAGAGGCCCGCCCUCCAUCCAAGAGGCAGAUGAGGAUACGGAGGCGGAGAGAACCUAGAGGCAGAGGGCUGGGCAGCUGGGAAUUGCAGAUUCUGCCCACUUGGGGAACUCGCUCACCAUUCUCUGACCAGUAUACUUGAACGUUCCUUUCUCCCCCUCUCUCUGGCACUUUCUUCCCCUCCUUUUAGUCCGCAUCAACGCAGCCACCCUGCCGCUCUGUGAGGGCAGCAUUCCCAGCCGCAGAGGCGAUGCACGUCACACGUCCUGACAUUUGCUCCAGGCCAGUUCCUGCUCCUAGCUGCAGCACGUAGUAAUCGGAGCACCUCCACUUUCUUCCUUUCGUCCCAUCCUCUAUGCAGGAAGAAAUGGAUCUGAGCGGGUGGAUGUCUUCCUUCCAACACGGGCUUCCCCCCUUCUUUGCAUCUUGGACCAAGAUCCGGUCUUUCAGUCCCCACUGCUUACUUACCGAACUUAGCACUUACCGAACAUACGUCCUCUGCAGUGGUUUGGGGGAAUUGGGGCAGGGUAGGGAGAGAGUUAAGACAAUUCUUUCAGUGGAACGCAAACAGGGGCGUGGGAAUUUUCCUCUCUUGAGCAUUUAUUUCCCUUGCUUGUUACCCUCCUCCCUGUAUGUGUGAGACUAGGUGGCGUUUUGUCUUGUGAUGUUUCCUCACACAAUACUGACCAUUUUUGGACCUGGAAAGGCUGGUUUGAGGCUGCCUUAGCAGAUGGAUUAUGAUGACUUGAAGUCUCUCUCUCUCACCCCACACCCCCUUGAACAAAAGAAGCAAGCUGGGACAUGAGAGCUAGCUAAAAGAAGAACGAGCCAGGGUCCUUGUCCUUGCUAUAGCAUGCAGGGUCCCUUCUUACUGAUAAGGCGGGGCCCCCUCCCAGCAAGUGGUGCCUGCCACCUGCCACCACCCAAUCUUCCUGCCUCUGCCAAGGGGUCCAAAGGCACAGCCCACACCAGAGCUCUCCUGUGCAAGCCCUGCUAAAGUGGGUGCAGCUGCACAAGGCUGUAGGUGAAGUCUUUGUAACAACUGCUCUUCCAGUUUGUGCUUGAAAUUUUACAUAUUGCAAAUAUGCUCCAAGGUGCUUUCAACAACGUGAAAGAAGGCAAUAAAAUCACAUAGAAGUCAAGAUAAAUCCAACAGUAAAAAGGGUGUGUGUGUGACAGAAAUAAGCUGCUGAAAAUUGAUCCUGUAAAAGAUACCUGGAAAAAUGUAAUCUACAGUUGAUUUUUCUAAGUGAGCAGCAAAACCUUAUGGCCUGGCGAGAGCAGCCUGUCAAAGGGUUGCCUCCUGAAAAGGGAAUGUAUCCCUAAAAACAGGUUAAAGUUAUAAAAUUUCCUUUUAAACUAUGGAAGAAAAAAAUCUUCCCCCUUUUUCUAGGGGAAAACAAAUUUGGGAGAAACUGAAUACAGUAUGUGAUAUAUAUUCCUCCCCCCGAAUCAUAGAAUUAUAAAGUUGGAAGGGACCCCAAGGGUCCUCUAGUCCAACCGCCUAAAAUGCAGGAAUCUCAAAUAAUGCAUCCAUGACAGGUGGCCAUCCAACCUCUGCUAAAAACCUCCAGUGAAGUCCGUUCCACUGUCAAACAACUCUUACAACCAGAAAGUUUUUGCUGAUGCAUAGUCGGAAUCUACUUCCUUGUAACUUGAAGCCAUUAGUUUGGGUCCAGCCCUCCAGAGCAGGAGACAGCAAGCUUGCUCCAUCUUCCAUGUGACAGCCCUUUAGAUAUUUGAAGAUGCCUAUCACUAUCUCCUCUCAGCCUCCUCCUUUCCAGGCUAAACACCCAACUCCCUCAAUUGUUCUUCAUAAGGAUUGGUUGUCCUUCUCUGCACAUGUUCCAGCUUGUCAAUACCCUAAUUAAAUUGUGGUGCCCAGAACGACACAGGAUUUCAAGUGUAGUCUGACCAAGGCAGAAUAGAGCAGAAUUAUUACUUCCCUUGAUCAGAAAGCUAUACUUCUGUUGAUGCUGCCUAGAAUAGCAUGUGCUUUUUUUUGGUGGUGCAUCAUGUUCGGCUUCUGGUCUAGUAAGACCCCUAAUUUUCAUACGUAUUGCUGGCAAGCCAGGUGUCCCCCCAUCUUAGUGCUGUUCACCUGGUUAUUCCUGCCUAAGGGAAUAGAACCUUAAAUGUGUCCCUAUUGAAAAUCAUUUUGUUAGCUUGGGCCCAGUUCUCCAAUCUGUUAUGGUCACCUUGAAUCCAGAUUUUGGCUUCAGCAUCAGUUGGGUGUCAUCUGCAAAUUAGAUGAGCAUCCCCUCAAUCCCUUCAUCCAAAUCAUUUAUAAAGAUGUUGAGCAACAACAGAACCCUGCAGCACCUUACUUGCCAUUUUUUCCCAGGGUGAUGAGGAACUAUUAGCGAGCACACUUUGGGUUCAGUCAGUCAACCAGCUACAAACCCAGCUAACCAGUUACCUCAUCCAGCCCACAUCUUACAAGCUUCUCCGCAAGAAUAUAUUUGCCAAGCUUAAAAUUAUUUUACUUUUUCAACAACAUGAUGUGCCUAAUUUACAACUUCUUUUAGCAUAUAAGAUUGUACUAUUUGGCAUCUUAAUGGAACUUAAGAGCAAUCCUGUGGAUUUUUUAAACCCACGCCGAUGAGUAGAGCCUACUCCCAGGUAAUUGGAGCUUCAAAAAUAUAAAUGCCAUGCAGUGUGGAAUCCUAUGCCUACUGAGAACUAAGCACCACUGAGUUUGGUUUGGAUAGGUUUGCAACCUUGGUUUUGUACAAACAAAAAACCCAUGCCACUGGAGGCAGGAUUUCCCCCCUAGUAUUUGCAAACCUAGUAUUCUCUGAAUUUACUAUUUUUCUGGCCUUCACAUUUUUAGGGUAGGUGGGCACCAGAAUGAGACUCCAUAAGCUGAAUCUGAACACAGGCAAGACGUUACCCAAGAGCCUGGAUGGCUACCAGUUAAUUUUGCACAAAGUUGUGGGUUUUUUUGUGGUGCCUGCCUGAUAUUGUCAGCAAAAUGCCAGCCAGGAUCUCACCCACCCCCUCCCAAUUCUUAUCCUUUCUGGGUGAAACCUAUUAAGGUAGAAAAACCAGUUGCAAAUGACCAGUUUACAAUUUUAAGCCCCAAUUUUAUGCACCCCCAAGUUGCAUUCAUUUUAGUAUUAAUGUUAAGAAUUGCCUUGCUCAAUCAAAAGAAGGUGUAUCUGCCAAUACAUUAUUCUGUCUCUUGAGUUCCUCGCCAGCAGGGUAUGACAGCAAUAGCCAUUCUCCUGUUCUUUGCACCUGCCGUUCUGAGUGAUACAUGGAAGUGCCAUUUACCUACCCUAGCCAGUGAAUAUAAAGCCAGUGAUAAAACUUUAAAAAUAAGAUGAGGCCACAGCCACCUUUGAGCAGGCAAGCCCCAUGCCAUAUAAAAUAGGGUGCUUGUGCAGCAGAUGCUCCUAGCGGAUUUUGCUGAGAAAGGGGGUCAUUACAAUGGGGAGAAAAACCUCUCUCGCACAGCCUUUUCUCUAAUGCAGUUGCUUCCCCUCUGCAAUGCACUUAAACAUGAGUUGAUGUUCCUCCGUUGUAUUCCAAUCCUUUAUUGGACUGUCACAGGAGCUUCCUACGAUCCCUCCAACAUUUCUCUCCCCCUCCCCUUCUACUAUUUCAACUUACAUGUGAGCAGGUUGGGGGGGUGUCCUAAAAAACAACACCCAACUUGGUUGCCCUGUUUUAUGAGAGGCUCCUGGUGGGGGCCGUUGGUGCCUGUCCCAAUUCUUUGUCAUCCUCUUCCCACCCCCAUCCCCAUCGUGGUGUAGAGCUAGUGCAUGUAACUUUUAUAUUAAAAAAAGUCAGUAUUAAGGGAUAUACAAAAUCUUACCAAAAUAAUAUUUUAUUGUUGCUCAUGUACAGUGGCUGGCCACUGCAGAGGAUAGGGAAGGGGGCUUCUAUUGAGAGAAGUGCCCUGUCCCACAACCAAGGAUUUGUGUAUUGUCCAUGUUACUUUCUAGUUUCAUUAUUGUAUUUGGUUUUCCAUUGUCGUCUUUUUUUUUUAAAUACAGAAUUUUGUUUUUCUGUUA